GUCCCCCCGCGGGCGGCCAUGGCGGCGUCGCCGGCGCCCCCGGCCAAGAAGCGCAAGAUGAACUUCUCGGAGCGGGAGGUGGAGAUCAUCGUGGAGGAGCUGGAGCGGGGCAAGCACCUCCUCGUGAACCACUUCAACGCCGGCGUGCCCCUGGCCGCCAAGGCGGCCGCCUGGCACGACAUCCUGCGGCGCGUCAACGCCGUGGCCACGUGCCACCGCGAGCUGCCCGAGGUCAAGAAGAAGUGGUCGGACCUCAAGACCGAGGUGCGGCGCAAGGUGGCCCAGGUGCGCGCCGCCAUGGAGGGCGGCGCCGAGGGCCCCGCCGGCAACGGGCCCGAGGGCGAGGAGGCGGCGGGCGCCGCGGCGGCGCCCGUCAUCCUCACGCCCAUGCAGCAGCGCAUCUGCAACCUGCUCGGGGAGGCCACCAUCAUCAGCCUGCCGAGCGGCGACUGCGGCGCCGCGGACGGCACCGAGAUCCCCAUCGCCGCCUCGGCCGCCACGGUCACGCUGACGCAGAUUCCUGCGGAGACGACCUACCACAGCCUGGAGGACGGCGUCGUGGAGUACUGCACGACGGAAGCCCCCGCCACGGUCACGGCCGAAGCGCCCCUGGAGAUGAUGGCGCAUCAGCACGAAGUGGCUGCCAAGCCCCAGGAGCUCAAGAGCCGCAUCGCCCUGAACUCCGCCAAGCUCCUGCAGGAGCAGCGAGUGACCAACCUGCACGUGAAGGAGAUUGCGCAGCACCUGGAGCAGCAGAACGACCUGCUUCAGAUGAUUCGGCGCUCGCAGGAGGUGCAGGCGUGCGCGCAGGAGCGGCAGGCGCAGGCCAUGGAGGGCACGCAGGCCGCGCUCAGCGCCCUCAUCCAGGUGCUGCGCCCCAUGAUUAAAGACUUCAGGCGCUUCCUGCAGAGCAACACGCCGAGCCCCUCCGUGCCCGCCGAGCCCGGCCACGCCGGGCAGCAGGAUGGCAUUAUCCAGUGAGAGAAGCGCUGGGGGGCUCCUUUCCUGGGAAAACUGCCCGUGCUGCUGUUGGAUACGUGGAGUCCGCGGCUGGGCGCUCUUAUCCGUGUAAAUGGUUCCCCUCGGAGUUUGCUGCGGAGCGUGACCGGCUUUCUCUGCUAACCCUGUGCUCAGCUGCCUUUCCAGAGUCAUCGUGCAGAGUGGUAGCAGGGGGUGUAACAAACCAGGCACCUAAUGUUGAUUGGUUUAGUUCCUUAAAACAACAGGUUUAUAAAGUAAGAUGAUUAUUUUUUUAUUUGUUUGAAAAAAAAAAUAUCUCUUAAAUAUGACACCUCUCUCUCUCUCUCUCUCUCAAGAUCUGUAGCCUUUAACUGACUUCCAAUGUGGAGGGUCCUGUUGCAUCCCAGUACUGGAGGCGCCAGGGCAGUUAACACAAACUGUAGCACGGAGUAUGAAGCUUCUCUGUCCUUUSCUGAAAGCAUUUGCUGGUAAUGUGGGACCUGAGGGGCUACGACCUUCUCUCUGUGCUAAGAGUUUGUGGAUGCUGCCCUUGGAGCAUGAAAUCCAGCCGGUGCAGAAGACCAGCGCCUAGUUUAUACACAGUUUAAAUCCCACCCACAUUCCCUGAGGGUAUAAAUGGGAUUUAAAUAGUGCACAGGCCUCGUGUUUGGGCGCAGGGAAAACAUUUCACUUUUGAACUUAGAKGUGCUGAAAAAAAAUUAUCUUUGGAUCCUAGAUACUGUGCUGGGAUGCGCAUUGGAAGCGAUGUUUUAGCUGUCUCGGAGGAGCGAACGCACAAGGAACGUCUGAAUUUCAUUCAGACGGGGUUACAGGUGAGGCUCCAUCUCCACAUCCUUCCAGGCCUGCACAGUUGGGCAUCUCUAAUACCUUAAUCCCUCAACGUGAACCUGCGCCACGGAGCUUCAGCCUGGCAGCAAUUCCCAGCAGGCUCUGUUUAGGAGUUUCUGGGGAUUUGGGAGCAUUGCUUUUUGCGGGAGGGGAGGGUGGGUUUUUGUUUUGUACUUUUUAGGAGCCGGACUUUAGCAGUUCUUAGUUUGCUAGCUGACUCUGCCUUGUGUUCCGAGAAAUGCAUCUGGGUUUGGCCUCGUCUGUUCUGCUGGAAAACAACAGUGUUCCGAGCCACGUCUCUCUUUGGGGUGUUCAACUAUUGGGCUUGCUCCUGAGUGAGAAAGCUUAAUUUCAUAAGGUGRUAAAUGUGAUUGUUACAGACUUGCAGUGACUUUUUAAACUUCAAAGCAAGCCAACUUUAAUGAUGAGCUCAACUUGUAUGUGCAUAGAAAUGGACCUCAAAAAAGGAAAAAAAGGAAGAGAAAAAUGUAACUUUUCUGCCCAUGCGUUGCAGAGUGUUCCCAGUUACGGCCAGGUGUUGCUUUUGAAAUGGAACAUUUUUAGAGCUGAUAUCUGCUUGCUGCCCAAUCCUGAGGAGACGGUGAGCAAAGACUGAUGAGGGACUGAAUUCGCACAAUCAAUUUAUCAACUUUAGACUUUUUUAUGGAGGAAUAUGCUGAGAGACGCCCUGGUUAGAGCAGCAGGCGACCUGGCUACCGCUGCCUGUCUCUGGCCUGUUCCCAUCUCUUCUGCUUGGCGAAUCUUGGCUCCUGAUGGAGCUGGCGACGCGGUUGCCCCAUGGAAGAUUCCUGACCCUCUUCCCUGGCCCCUCCGGGCUGAGUCAGGGCAGCAGCAGAGCCUGCCCUCGAACCGCCUGGCUCUGAGCAAGACUGCGCGGAAUCAAAUCAGUUGCUCAAUUGAAAUUUAUUUUUCAAGCUGAAAACUAUGUCAUAUGUUUYGUUUUACCUCAUUUG